CCUCGCCACUAGCCUCCAACUGUCCGACGCCUACAUCACGAGCGCCAAUCAGCCGACUUUUCCAAGCACGAACCUUCUCCCCUCCUCCGCCGCGGCCAGGAAGAACCUCCGCGCGAACUGCCGUCCUCCCUGCCCUCGCCAUGGACAUCGGCUCGAUUCCUUCCCCGGCGGACGCCGCGGCGCCGCCCUCCGCGGCCGCUCUGCCGCGGGAGGCCACGCUGGGGCGCCACCUCGCGCGCCGCCUGGCCGAGGUCGGCGCGCGCGAGGUCUUCACCGUGCCGGGGGACUUCAACCUGACGCUCCUCGACGAGCUGGAGGCGGAGCAGCCGUCCGGCGGCGGGGUGCGGCUCGUGGGGUGCUGCAACGAGCUCAACGCCGCCUACGCCGCCGACGGCUACGCCCGCGCGCGCGACGGCGGGGUCGGCGCCUGCGCGGUCACCUUCACCGUCGGCGGGCUCAGCGCCAUCAACGCCGUCGCCGGCGCCUUCAGCGAGAACCUCCCCGUCAUCUGCAUCGUCGGGGGCCCCAACAGCAACGACUACGGCAGCAACCGGAUCCUCCACCACACCAUCGGCAUCCCCGAUUUCACGCAGGAACUCCGCUGCUUCCAGAACGUCACCUGUUAUCAGGCUGUGGUGAACAACUUGGAGGAUGCACAUGAACAGAUUGACACUGCCAUUUCCACUGCACUGAAGGAGAGCAAGCCUGUUUACAUCAGCAUCAGCUGCAACCUCCCAUCGAUCCCGCAUCCUACCUUUAGCCGCCAUCCUGUCCCUUUCUUUCUCUCCCCAAAACUGUCAAACCAGAUGACCUUGGAAGCAGCAGUGGAGACCGCUGCGGCUUUUCUGAACAAAUCAGUCAAGCCGGUUCUUGUUGGCGGACCAAAGAUGAGGGUGGCCAAAGCAUGCGAGGCCUUCGUAGAGCUGGCUGAUGCAUGCGGUUAUCCGGUUGCAGCGAUGCCUUCUGCAAAGGGGCUUGUGCCAGAGCACCAUUCUAGAUUUAUUGGCACAUACUGGGGUGCUGUCAGCUCUCCGUUCUGUGCUGAGAUUGUGGAGUCAGCUGAUGCCUAUUUGUUUGCCGGCCCGAUAUUUAACGACUACAGCUCGGUUGGGUACUCACUUCUUCUCAAGAAGGAGAAGGCCAUCAUUGUCCAGCCAGACCGAGUGGUGAUUGGGAACGGGCCUGCAUUUGGGUGUGUUCUGAUGAAGGACUUCCUGCAUGCACUUGGAACCCGGCUGAAGAAGAACACAGCUGCCUACGACAACUACAGUCGGAUUUUUGUGCCUCAGGGCGAACCCCUUUCCUCUGCGCCUGGAGAGCCUUUGAGAGUGAAUGUACUUUUCAAGCAUAUUCAGAAAAUGCUGUCUGGCGACUCAGCUGUUAUAGCAGAGACUGGGGACUCAUGGUUUAACUGCCAGAAGCUGAAACUGCCAGAAGGCUGUGGGUAUGAAUUUCAGAUGCAAUAUGGAUCAAUUGGUUGGGCUGUGGGUGCAACUCUGGGAUAUGCGCAGGCUGCUAAGGGUAAGCGAGUCAUUUCCUUCAUUGGAGAUGGCAGCUUUCAGGUGACGGCACAAGAAGUGUCGACGAUGCUCCGGUGGGAACAGAACAACAUCAUCUUUCUCAUAAACAACGGGGGUUACACCAUUGAGGUGGAGAUCCAUGACGGCCCUUACAACGUCAUCAAGAAUUGGAACUACACCGGCGUGGUGGAAGCAUUCCAUAAUGGCGAGGGCAAGUGCUAUACGGCCAAGGUCCGAACAGAGGAGGAACUGAAGAAGGCAAUUGAGGCAUCCCUAGGACCCAACAAGGACAGCCUGUGCUUUAUAGAGGUAAUUGUGCACAAGGAUGACACUAGUAAAGAGCUUCUUGAGUGGGGUUCUAGGGUUUCCGCCGCGAAUAGCCGCCCACCAAAUCCCCAGUGACACAUCAGGUCUCCACAAGAUCCUCAUCCAGCUUAAUGAUGUCAUGUGGAAGUUCUGAAUAGAUGUUACUGUUCUCUGAAUAAAUCAUCCAUUUGAGUCCAUUGCUGUUGCAAGUGCUCAUGGUUACUGUACAUAGAUGGUCUUAGUUCAGGAACCUGUGCUUGUAUAUUACUUCAAUAAAUCUGAAAUCGAUGUCGUAGCCAGCUAAAGACGCUCUUGAUUUUGGCAUCUUUCUUGAUUUUGACAACAGUUUCAAGCUGGUUGUGUUUCUCAAAAGCAUUAGUAAGACGAAACAAGUUGCGUUUCUAGAAUGCGAAGAAGAUUCAGUUAUGUGGUGAAGUAGCAGAGUAAUUCAAUGGUGCA